AUGCGCCACCACUCAAUCUCUCUUUGCGCUGCGGCGCUGGCAUCAGCGGCUUCUGCUUCACUGCAGAUCGUGCCCGGCGCCACCUGGACGGCCAGCAACUCGGGCGAGCACAUUCAGGCCCAUGGCGCCGGCGUGCUGGAAGUCGACGGCACUUUCUACAUGAUUGGCGAGGACAAGAGCGGCGGCAGCUCGUUUCAGAACAUCAACUGCUACUCGUCCACGAACCUCGUCGAAUGGAAGUACGAGCGCGCCCUUCUCACCAAGCAGGACAGUGGCGAUCUCGGCCCAGACCGUGUCGUCGAGCGCCCCAAAGUUAUCUACAACGACAGCACGAAGAAGUACGUCCUGUGGAUGCACAUCGACGACUCCAGCUAUGGCGAAGCAAAGACUGGUGUUGCGACCGGCGAUACUGUCUGCGGCGAGUAUGAGUACCAAGGCAGCUUCCAGCCUCUCGGGUUCCAGAGCAGGGACAUUGGGUUAUUCAAAGACGAUGAUGGAUCCGCUUACCUACUGACCGAAGACCGCGAGAACGGCCUCCGCAUCGACGCCCUCAGCGACGACUACCUCAACGUCACUGAGAACGUUGCCCUCUUCGACACCUACGAAGCGCCCGCCAUCUACAAGACUGACGGGACGUACUUCCUGUUCGCCUCCUCCCUCUCAGGCUGGGAUCCCAACGACAACGUCUACGCAACAGCUACGUCCCUCUCGGGCCCCUGGAGCGACUGGGCCAACUUCGCCGACAAAGGCUCAAACACCUACUCCUCGCAAACGACGUACAUCCUGCCCCUCGGCACCAGUGCCAUCUACAUGGGCGACCGAUGGCACUCGAGCGCGCUCGAAACAAGCACGUACGUAUGGCUGCCCCUAGAGAUCGACGGCACGAGCGCCAGCAUGAAAAACCACGUCAACUGGGUCGUCGACGCUGCGGGGGGGACCUGGGCCGCCGGGCCAGAAGAGACGCAGGCAGAGGGCGAAGACGCGGAGCUCAGCAGCGGGGCCAAAGCCGUCGACUGCGAGGGGUGUUCGGGCGGCCAGGCGGCCGGGUAUAUUGGCGGGAGUGGGGGCGGAACAGCCUCGUUCAAUGUUUCUAGCCAGAAGGACACGCGCACGACGGUCAGGAUUAAGUAUAAGAAUGGCGAUGGGGCGUCGCGGCAUGCUAGUGUUGCGGGGCAGACGGUGGCGUUUUUGCCGACGAGUGGAGAGCCCGGGAGUAGUGUUGUGCAUUUAGAUUUGAAGGCGGGGGAGAACAGCGUGCUUGUUGAAGGGGUGGAGGGAGGGGAGUGGGGCCCGGAUGUUGACAGGUUGAUGGUGCCUGUGAGCUAG